GGUUAACCUAAUUAGUGGAGAGGUGCAGCGGCUGCGGACGACAGAACCCAUCCGUGCGCGCUCCGGGAAGAAUGUGAAGCGCUGCUCGCGACCAGCGGGAAUUUAGAACACACUUUGGAAGAGGCACACACAAGACAAUGGCGAGGCUUUUUAGGAAAGCGUCCUUGGCUUUUGCUCUGCUCGGAAUCGUCAUGUUCGUUUUCGCAGCUGCUGAAGCGCAGUCCGAGCCCGAGGUUCCAGAUGAGGAGGAACAGGAGACAUCCUGUCAAGGAGCUUUCGACUUGUAUUUUGUUCUUGACAAGUCGGGUUCUGUAAAGAACCACUGGAUCGAGAUUUACUCCUUUGUGGAACACUUGGCAAUGAAGUUCAUCAGCCCCUUGUUGAGAAUGUCGUUCAUCGUCUUCUCAUCCCGAGGAACCACCAUCAUGAAGCUCACAGAGAACAGAGUGGAGAUUAGGAAAGGCUUGAACAUGCUAAGGAGAGAGAUUCCUGGUGGUGACACGUUUAUGCACCUCGGCCUGGAGAGGGCCAACGAACAGAUCCAAAGAGAAAACUUUGGCACAGCAAGUGUUAUCAUCGCAUUGACGGAUGGUGAGCUGAAUGAACAACAGCUGUAUGCAGCUCAGCAUGAGUCGGCCAAAGCGCGUUCUCUGGGAGCCAUCGUGUACUGUGUGGGGGUGAAGGACUUCAACGAGACUCAGUUGGCCACCAUUGCUGAUACCAUAGAGCAUGUCUUUCCUGUGAUGGGAGGAUUUCAGGCACUCAGAGGCGUGAUCGACUCAAUUAUCAAGAAGUCCUGCAUCGAGAUCCUUGCAGCAGAACCCUCCAGCGUGUGUGCCGGUGAGUCGUUCCAAGUGGUCGUCAGGGGAAACGGAUUCUUGCACGCCAGGAACAUCGACCAAGUGCUCUGCAGUUUCAAAGUGAAUGACACAGUCACAAUCAAUGAGAAGCCAGCAGACAUAGAGGACACCUACCUCCUGUGUCCUGCACCGGUCAUAGACGAGGUUGGCAAAGUGGUGUACCUCCAAGUCAGCAUGAAUGGAGGCCUGUCAUUCAUCACCAGUUCUGUUCACAUCACCACCACCGAGUGUUUUGACGGCACCAUCCUGUUGAUCACACUGCUGGUUCUGUUCCUCUUGCUGGCUAUGCUCUUCAUGUGGUGGUUCUGGCCUCUCUGCUGCACCGUGGUGAUUAAGGAGCCCCCACCUCCUCCCCCUCCUGAGCCGGAGUCUGAUGAUGAGGAUGGUCUACCCAAGAAGAAAUGGCCGACCGUGGACGCAUCGUACUAUGGAGGAAGAGGAGUAGGCGGCAUCAAACGAAUGGAGGUGCGUUGGGGAGGUAAGGGUUCGACAGAGGAGGGGGCGAAACUGGAGAAGCCCAAGAAUGCGGUGGUGAAAAUGCCCGAACAAGAGUAUGAGCCCUUCGAGCCCAAACCCAGGAAACAGAGGAAGCCAACUCAGAACAGGAAGUGGUACUCGCCCAUCCAGGGUAAACUAGAUGCCAUCUGGGCACUGUUUCGCCGUGGUUAUGACCAGGUAUCUCUCAUGAGGCCACAACCUGGAGAUCAUGGUCGCUGCAUUAACUUCACCCGUGUGAAGGAGGAGGCGGCCAAGGCUCCGCCCAUCCGGCCCAUGCACACGCCCCCUGCACCAGACCACCGUCCUCUGAUUCGCCAGGCCAGCCCCCCUCCCCCGGCGAGCCCGCCCCCAGCAAGCCCGCCCCCCAGAGGUCCUCCACAGACCCAGCUGCCCCCGGCCCCCCCUGGCCCCCCCCCAUCCCGCAACCCCCCCGGCCUCCCGUGCCCCCCGCCAGCACGACCCCCGCCCAGCCUGGACGCCCGGCGCUGA